ACUCUACUUCUUCCCCGGAGAACAACCACUGUCACGGCGGAGAGCAAGCGAGCGAGCGAGCAAGCGAGUGUGCCAGUGCCUCAACUCUGUCGCAAAUCAAGGGGGAUGACUAACAAAAGAGCAAGGCGACCAGGGGAGCAGCCGGCGCCCGGAAUACGGCGCCCGGCGCUCAGCGGGGACCAGGAGGCCAAGAUCAUGGUGGAAGCCCUCAAGUACGUCCUCUACGGUGGCAGCCCACCGGAGACGUGGCAAUCGGCUUUGGAAACGGCGGGCAGCGGCAGCCCCAGCAACAGUCCUAGCCCUAUGGAAGAGGAGAGCGCCAAGAAACCGAGGAGGAACAAGUACCGUGGCGUGAGGCAGCGGCCGUGGGGGAAAUGGGCGGCGGAGAUCCGCGACCCGCACCGCGCCAUCAGGGUGUGGCUCGGGACCUUCGAGACGGCGGAGGCAGCCGCAAGGGCUUACGACGCUGCGGCCGUGGGGUUCCGCGGCGCUCGUGCCAAGCUUAAUUUCCCCGAUGAGGCGUUCGGGGUGCCGCCUCCGAGUCCGAGGGAAAAGGAAUCAGGGCAGCACCGACAGGCACCGGUUCUGCAUCCACAGCAACAAGGGGAAGACGACCGUGUAACUUCAUCUGCAGUCCGCGAUGCCAGCGCGCCGGCGGAAUCGAACUCUGGUGAGUAUGAUUACGUCUGGGAGUUCCUAAACGAGCCCGAUGAAUACGAGCCAAAUGGCGACGUGGGCAGUUCCAGUGCGGUUCGGGAAUGGGGAGCAGAGCUCGUCGGCGCCAACAAUAGGCCGGUGGUUGAACGGCAUUGGGCGUUUGACAUCUUCUAGUUCUAGCAGCGACCAGCCAUCACCAGGGCAGUCUUGAUCUUCUUUCUUAGACGUGACAUUUGUUCAUUCUUCUAAUUGAUGAAUAGUGGUCAUCCUCGUUCGUUCCCUGUUUUUAGUGGGGAGGUCAGAUUUUUUUAAAUUGUCUUUGCAGAUUCUGGUUAAGCUUCAUGGACUAAUUCUCACUUCGUAUUUGUGUGAGUGGGGUUGGUGUGCUGUUUUAUGUGCUCAGAAGAUUCUUUUAGCAAUAAAAACUCCAUUCCGAUGCAACAUGCUCAGAAUAAAACUUAACCUCAUGCGAGGUCCUUUGUUGUUUUUAA